AUGUUUGUUUCCUCUUCUUCCUCGCACAGAGAUGGUGGAAGGUAUGAUCGUAACUUGAUGCACAAGUUGAGGAGCUUAUCCGUGUCCAAGAGGUUGCCGGUGGAGUUUUUGAAAGGGUUUCGAUUUAGGCGGGACUGGGCGAGGAUUGAAGGUUUGGGAAGGAGUUUGAGGAGAGAGGUGGAAAGACGUUGA